GUGAGGCAAAAUGGAUGCCGGCUUCGGGUUAUUCUCUUGGCCCGAGGAAGGAGGAGGAGGAGGGAAUCGAUGAUCUUUCUGCCCUGAAGGAUGUUCAGCAAGAGAUCCAGAGGGCAGCUGAGGAAAUCUGGCUCCGACUUCUUUCCAGGAGAAGAAGGGAUUUGGAGGAUGCGUACAAAACCUCUUUAUUUAAAGAGGAAGGCGAUGGAGAGGAGAGAAUGAAGAUGGAGGACGUAGCUCCUCUUUGGGAAGAGGCCAUGAGGAAGACCUGGCAGGCCUUUCUAGCGUCGGGGAAAAAAGCCUCCCAGAGCAGAAUCCUCAUCAGUGUGUCCAGCAGGACGAGGCCUUUGAGUGAGAGCCUGAAACAGGAUUUUACUUCAUAUUUAGAAAAAUGCAGGAGAACUGGCCAAGAACUCUAUGCAGUUUUAUGCAAGGAUCAUGUUGAGAGGGCGCUGUGCCUACGCUUGAAGUCUGCCAAAGCCUGGACUGAGCUGGAGGACCGGCUUUUUAGGGAGGGGGGCCCGUGGGGGUCUGCAGUAGCUUCUCCUGUCACAAGGUGGGUCCUGGAUGCCUACGAAGGUCCUGCUCGGAUGAGGAAGAGGAUCCAGUUCAAAACCGCCCACCGUGCAGCGGAGCUGUUGCAGGACAAGGCCCAGCAGACACAGAAGAAAGCCGCAUCUGCUCCGGCUUGUGUGGGAAAUCCAGGUGAGCGGCCAACCCCAACUAGAGAAGGGGAAGCAGGUCGGGAUCAGCUGACCUUUUUUCCUGCCCUGGGUGAACAUCUCCACUCGGAGGAAUUCGUGGAAUUUGUCUGCGUGGAAAGGAAAAUUGUCCUCCAGGAAUUAGUCCAAGACGAAAAGGUUUCCUGCCGGCUGUCCGUGGUGGUGGUGGACGGACACGCAGCGUCGGAAGGGGCACUUCUCCUUGGCCGCGACCACUUCUACGUCUGCAAGCACUUCGCCCUGUCCCACCUGGGGGAGGUUUAUUGCACCAGCCAUUGCUUGUCCUGCAUCAGAGAGCCAUUCAUUUACAACUUGUGCCACGCAACGGAGGCCGCGCCUGUGGAGCCCACUUGUUCCUGCCAUUCCUACAGGGACAUUAGGGAGAUCCGGCCGAUGCGUUUCCUCCUGCAGGAGAUGGCCCUGGAGAUCUUCUUAAACAAUGGCUACUCCGUUUUCCUUGUAUUCCACAACAACGACAGGGAAAAGUUCUUAACGAGAUUUUGUUCAGUGAGAUCAAAAGGAGUUGCAGACGAAUCUACUAACGUAAGAAAACAAUCAGAGGAAAAAAAGUCCUUCCUGUUGAAGUGGCAGAGGAGAGAGAUCAGCAACUUUGAGUACCUCACGUACCUGAAUUCUCUGGCGGGACGGACCCACAGCGACCUCAUGCAGUACCCGGUGUUCCCGUGGGUCCUUGCAGACUACCAGUCCCAGACUCUGGACCUGACCAAUCCAGGCACCUUCCGCGACCUCUCCAAGCCCAUGGGGGCACAGACGGAGGGCAGGAAAGAGAAAUUCAUCCAGCGCUUCAAAGAAGUGGAGAAGACCGAAGGUAACCUCUCAGCUCAGAGUCACUACUUCACCCAUUACUCCUCCGCCAUGAUUGUGGCUUCCUACCUGGUCCGCCUGGAGCCCUUCACGGAAACCUUCCGAUCUUUGCAGGGAGGGGCCCUGGACGUCGCAGACCGCAUGUUCCACAGCGUGAGGAGCACCUGGGAGUCGGCCUCAAGAGACAACAUGACGGAUGUCCGGGAGCUGAUACCUGAAUUCUUUUAUCUCCCUGAAUUUUUAACAAACCACAACCACAUUGACUUUGGGUGCUUGCAGGAUGGGACGCGGCUGAAUGACGUGGAUUUGCCACCUUGGGCAGGAGGAAAUCCUCACCGGUUCAUUCGGCUGCACAGGCAGGCCCUGGAGAGCGACUUUGUCAGCAGCCGCCUCCACCACUGGAUCGACCUCAUCUUCGGCUCCAAGCAGCAGGGCCCGGCCGCCGUGAAGGCCGUGAACACCUUCCACCCCUACUUCUACAGCCACCAGGCCCAAAUGGGCAGCAUUGAGGACCCUCUCGUCAAGAGCACCGUCCUGGGGUUCGUCAGCAAUUUCGGACAGAUGCCAAAGCAGCUUUUUACCAAACCACAUCCCUCCAGAAAUGCUGCCAGCCUGAGGAAACCCUCACUGGGGAAGAGCAGCUUCCUCUUGGCUUCUCCGGCGCUCUCGGUCAGUCACCUGCGUCACCUGAAACAGUCCUCCGUCGUCAUUCCCAGAGGGCUUAAAUUCUUCUUCCUUAGCAAGAAUGAAAAGGAAGAAAAAUUGGUGGAGAAAAGAGAAAAAUUAGCAGGAUUAGCUCUGAUUUAG